UUUAUUUGCAUUUUCAUUGCAAUUUGCCAGAUUGGAGAUUACUCACCAAGCUCUCUUCUUCGCUAUGUAUAAUCCAUCCUUCUCCGUUCUUCUAUUUUUUCUUCUUCUUCUAUACCCGCCCCACCCCUAACCCUACUCCUCUCCCUCUCCCUCUCCCUCUCCCUCUCCCUUGCCUCACCUCCCGAUCGACCUCCUCCUCCUCCACCACCGCCUCCGCCGCAAUGGCGUCCUCCUCCGUCCAACGCCGCCGUCUCUCUGUAAACACCACCACCAACCUCACUCUCACUGCCGCCGAAAAAGUGAUCGGAGACAACGAUCUGCUGAGCCAGAUCCUGAUACACCUACCGGCGAAAACUCUAUUCCGAUUCAAGACCGUAUCCAAGAGAUGGUGCUCUCUCAUUUCGGAUCCUUUUGUUCUUCAACGCUGGAUUCCGCCGAAAUCUCCUUCCUCUUUCUUCUUACGAAGGUAUUCUCGCUUUUCUCACAAUAUCAAAUUCAAUCACGUAUCUCUGAAUGGUCUUGUUAAACACAACCGUUCAAUUGCUCCUCUAUAUCUCGAUUUCUUCGAUAACCGCGACCUUGUCAUUAUUUCCAAGUCCUGUAAUGGCUUAUUGCUCUGCACUUCCUCUUGGCCCGGUUUGGAUUGUUGUAAUCACAGCCGUUGCUAUGUUCUCAACCCUACCACCCAGCAAUAUUCCACCAUUCCUAGGCCUGUUAACGGGGGUCAGUACGACCACAUAGUUUCAAUCAACUUAGCGUUUGACCCCUCUCUUUCACUUCACUACAAAAUAAUUGCUUUCAUUUCCAGAAGAGACCUCAGCCCUGCAUACCAAAUUGCUGUAUAUUCGUCCGAAACUCGAACUUGGGUGAUUUCUGUACUCGUUAUUUACCCAUCGGAUAUGAUAAUUGCAAAUGGUGUAUUCUCCGAUGGUAAGAUCCAUUGGUUUCGUUGCCACUCAGAAACAUCAAUAGCUUAUGAUAUUAAUCGAGAUGAAUCCUUCCCAUUCCCGAUGCCAUAUAGUCUCACAAAGUCCCCAGCGUAUUUUGGGGAGUCUGGAGGUCAUCUACUGUUCAUUGAAUCUAUUCAAAAUUGGGGUAAUCAGUUUGAUGUGUGGUGGUUGGAGAGCAACUAUUCUCACUGGUUUGUGAAAUAUCGUGUUGACCUUGAGAUGGGUGCAUUGGCUUUUCCAGGGAUAACGGAUGAAGUCGAAGUGCUUUGCUUCCUUGGAGGAGAAGUUGAAGGGGAUUUAUGCUUGAUCUUCUACCUAUCUUGUCAAGUCAUAUCCUAUAACUUCAAGGAUAGAAGUUUUAGGAAGGUUUGCAAUUUGAAGCUGCGUCCUCUUGAUAUUGAGAAUAUACAAGUGUGUCCAUCAGCUUUCAUCCAUCCAUGCAUGGAAACCAUAUUUAAUGUUUGAUGGCAUUUCUUUGGAAAAUAAUCGGUGUCGUCUCCAUUUCAAUGUUUCAUUUCCUUUCUAGUUUUUUUCUUCCUUCUAGUUAAGAAUGUUUUUUCCCCUCUCUUGGUGUAAUAAUUUCAACAGUUGUAAGCUUAUUUAUGCCUUUUGCAAUGAAAUG